CCUCCUCCCGGCCGCCAUGGCCGCGCCCGCCGCGGGGACCGAGCUGCCCGUGCCCGAAUCAGGUGCUGUUUUCACAUUUGGGAAAAGCAAAUUUGCAGAAGAUAUUCCUAGCAAGUUCUGGUUCAAAAAUGACAAGCCUGUACUUAUAUCAUGCGGAGAUGAACAUACAGCUAUUAUUACAGGGAAAGGUAAACUAUACAUGUUCGGCAGUAACGACUGGGGCCAAUUAGGACUGGGAUCAAAGAACACUGUCAGCAAACCAACGUGUGUUAAAGCUUUAAAACCAGAAAAACCAAAACUUGCUGUUUGUGGAAGAAACCACACUUUAGUUUACACAGAAAGAGGAAAUGUCUAUGCUGCUGGAGGAAACAGUGAAGGUCAGUUGGGAUUAGGUGAYACAGAGGAAAGGACCACAUUUCAUUUAAUUAGGUUUUUUACCAACCAGCACAAGAUCAAGCAACUAUCAGCUGGAUCAUACACCUCAGCAGCAGUAACUGAGGAUGGGCAGCUCUUUGUGUGGGGUGAUAAUUCAGARGGUCAGAUUGGCCUGGCUAAUGAAGCCUCUGUCAGUGUUCCCUGUAAAGUGGAUGUUGGAAAACCCAUUUCCUCUGUAUCCUGUGGAUAUUAUCACUCUGCCUUGAUAACAGCAGAUGGUGAGCUCUAUACUUUUGGAGAAGCAGCAAAUGGAAAAUUGGGAUUAUUGCCUGAACAGCUGAAGAACAACAGAGUCCCACAGCCUGUACUGGGAAUUGUGGAGAAGGUUAAUAAGGUUGCUUGUGGUGGAGAACACACAGUGGUGCUGACAGAGACAGAUGUUUAUACUUUUGGACUUGGACAGUAUGGGCAGCUGGGACAUGGAACUUUUGUGUUUGAAAGUUCAGUACCCAAGUCUGUGAAACACYUGAAGAGGCAUAAAAUAUGUAACAUUGCAUCUGGGGAAAACCACACUGCUGUGAUAGCAGAGAAUGGUCUCAUGUUUACUUUUGGAGAUGGACGACAUGGCAAGUUAGGAUUUGGAGAAGAGASUUUUACAAAUCUGUUUGAUCCCACCCUGUGUUAUAAUUUCUUGAAGUUCACGGUCCUUUUGGUUGCUUGUGGUGGUUGUCACAUGCUGGUUUUUGCUGCUCCAAGACCUAAAGGAUCUGAAGUAAUCUUGGAAGAUUUAUUUGAGCCUCGUUGGACUGCUACUAUCCCUAAAACAAGUGGGGACUUUGUAYUAGCAAACACUUUGCAAUUAUCAGCAGCACGAAUACGACGUCGAGAGAGGGAAAGGUCACCAGAACAGUUUGUUCGAAUGGCACAAACUCUGCCUCCAGUGGGGAAAAGCUUCUUAAAAUCUUCCUUGCCUGUGAUGAGCAGCACCAGCCCAUUCUGCUUUUCUUCAACAAGUCUUCCUAAAUCUGCAUCUGUGAAGGAUAGAGACCAUGAAAAAGAAAAUAAUCAUCAAAAAGAUAAACCUGAUGAAGUCCCUACAGAACAAGAUUCAGAUAAUGAAAAUAUUGACAGAAACCUUGGAGAUACAACUGACAUCCUAAAUWUGACACAUGCAAUGAAGUUGAAUCCYGGUGACUGGUCCUUAAAAUUAUCACCACUCCAAAAACAGAAGAAAGGGCAUAACAGUGAGUGCAUAAGAAGAUUUCCAAAUGAGGAAGGUAAGAACAAUAAAAAUGUGAACCUGAAAAGAGAUGGUAAGGGUGGGCUGAAAAACAGGGAUUCUCAUUUCACGAAGGAGGGCUCAAAACUAACAUMUGGGUCUUUACAAAAGCAGUCCUCACUUUCAGAGUCACCUGGACAAGAUUUAAGAAAGAGUAGUGCCUUUGUAGGGAAGCCUGAGGCCAAAAAAAGUACAAAGAAAGGCAAAUCUGAACAUAGACACACUGAUAGUACUUUGAAAAGUGGUGUUCAAGAAAUUAGGGACAAAAGCAUAUUAUUGAAAAGGGAAAAAGAACAUGUGGAAAAUCCUGAAUUUUUCAGAGAGGAUGCAACUUAUAAUCUUCCCACUGAAAAUCAAAUUCUGACUGAAAAAAUAAAUUCUUCCAAUAAAAAGCCAAAAGCUGUUAAAUCGAAGCAAGCCCUUAAAAUAGAGGUACUUCCUUCUGCUCCCAGGGAUCAGCCCCAGACUGAUUCUUUAAUUGUGCAAAAACACAGUGCUGUUAAACAGCAAGGGAAUCAAGAAACAACAGAAAGUCAAAGCAAAAUAAAGGAUGAUGUUGAAAAAUCUGACAAGUGUGAAAGAAUAUGUGUCACAGGAGAAGAAAGUAGUGCAGAACAGAGGGGGCUUAAAAAAAAGCAUCAGUUUUUGAAACAAAUAUCUGUAACUUCAUCAUCUUCUUCAACUGAGGAAAGUACUAAUGAUCUCGAGAAAUAUAUACUUAAGAAAGAGGUUUACUAUGAACAAAGAGUUGUCCACAGGGCAAGUAGAACAGUUGAAAAAGUGACACAUUUGGACUUAGAAAAAGACAGUGAGAUUGAGGAGAUGCAAGYUACAAACAAUGAGAAAGAAUGUGUAGAACAGACUGAUUUAAAAAGCCUGAAGGAGGAAGAAACAAGCUCUGAUGCUAAAUCUGAUGAAGACCGGCCAUUAGAAAUUAAGAAUGAGGAGGAAUCUSAUSAGGAGCAGGAGAGUGAAGRCAGUGAAAWGGCUGAAGACAGGUCAUUAGAAAUAAAAAAUGAGGAGGAAUCKGAUCAGGAGCAGGAGAGUGAAGGCAGUGAAMAGGGUGAAAGUGURAAAGAAAAACUAGAUGAAACAAUUGACAGUGAAGGUAAACUAGGGGAGGAAGAAGAAGAAGAAGAGAGUGAUGUUAAAAAAGAUGGAGAUGAAGUUUCGGUAGAAAAGGAUGAAGAGGAAAAAGAUAAUGAGGAAGAAAAUGAAAGAGAGAAAUCACAGGCUGAAAGAGACAGUGAGAAUGAGGAUGCAGAGGAGRCUGAGGAGGCUGAUCAGAAAGAUGGCAAAGAUGAAGGAGAUGAGCAAGGCAGGUUAAUGGAGGAAGAAGAAAUGGAGAGUGAGGGAGAAAAGGAGGAUAUGGARGAGGAGCAUGAGAAAGAGGAAGGCACUGAGAAAGCAAAGGAGGAACAGAUUAAAAGUGAGGGAAGAGAUGAGAGUGAGGAAGGAGGGGAAGAUAGAGAGGGAGAGGAAGAAAAAGAGGUAGAGGCAGAAGAGGAAGGAGAAGAUGAAAAGGAAGAUGAAGAAGAAAACAAAGAAAGGGGGAAUGAAAAUGACAAAGAGGGAGAAGAGGAGGAGUUUAGAGAAUCAUUGGCAGAGAGGGAAGAAGAGGUAUCUGAAGAAGAACAGGAAGAAGAUGCAAAKAUGAAAACUAAGGAAGUGCAGGAGGAUGGAGUGGAAGAAGGAGAAGAGGGAGAGGAUGAAGUGGAAGAGGAAAGAGAAGAUGAGGAGAAAGAAGAAAUAGAGGCAGAAGCAGAAGGGGARGRGGAGGAAGAAGAUGAAAAGGAAGAAGAGGAGGGGGAAAAUGAAGAGGAAGGGGAAGAUGAAGAGGGAGAAGGAGUGGAAGAAGAUGAGGGACUAGGGGAGGAAGAAGAGAGUGUUGGAGGAGAUGAGGGAGAAGAGGGAGGGGAAGAAGAAGAGGAAGGUGAAGAGGAAGAAGGAGUGGAAGAAGAGGGAGAUGAGGAAGAAGGAGGGGAAGAAGAAGAGGUAGAGGAGGGAGAAGAGGGAGGGCAGGAAGAAGAGGAAGGAGGAGAGGAAGAAGAAGGGAAAGAGGAUGAGGAGGAAGAAGAAGAAGAGGAAGAGGAAGAGGGAGAAGAGGGAGAGGGGGAAGAAGAAGAGGAAGAGGGAGAAGAGGAAGAGGGGAAAGAAGAAAAAGAGGAAGAGGGUGAGGAAGAAGAAGAAGAAGAGGGAGAGGGGGGACAAGGAGAAGAGGAGGAAGGGAAUGUAGUAGAAGAGGAAGAGGAUGAGGGAGAAGAAGAUGAAGGUGAGGAGGAAGAAGAAGAGGAAGAGGAAAAAGCAAAAGAUAAGAGGAAAAAUUAUAGUAGUAAACCUCUACAAAAGAAGAACAAAUCCAGGAAGCCAGAAAAGACAAAAGGUACUGCUUUACCAAACAGCUCUAAACAAAAUGUGAAGCCCAAACAUCAUAUAGCAAACGGUUUACAUAAUUCAGAACAAUUUUGGAACAAUGUGCUACCUCAUUAUUUAACACUAAAGUAGCAUAGACUACUGGAGAUGCAUUUUAAGCCUAUUCAGGAAACUUUGGAACUAUGACAAAUUCAUUUUUAUUACUUAAAAGAAACUUUUUAUGGAGUCAAAGCACAUUAUUAUGCAUAUAACUUAAGUGCCAAUUUCUUAAAAAUACUGGAGAAAAUGUUUARAUUUAGUAAGCUUUUAUGAAAGAAAUCAUAAUUUGUUGAUACAAUCAUUUUCACAAUCAUGUUUAUUGUGUAUGACAUCCAAAAAAUACAAAAAAAUAAUUGCUGAGGAGGUAAACUGUGUUUGCCUCUUAAUUAAAGUGUAAUGUCAUGCUGACAAAAUGAAUUGUACAUUGUAACAGUGUAAUGUUCUUUGCYUUUGAAUCAGCAAUACAACAAUUUUAGUUGCAGGACAGUUUACUUGAUAAUGUGCCUUCCUUGAGAGGAAUUUCAGUAAACCAGCAAAUGUACCUAUUUUUAAAUUAUAGUAUCACUCUAUAAUUUAUUUCCCCUGCUUUUAUUCUGAUCAUACCUUGGUGAAAUGUUCAAGUACUUAAAUUAAAAAAAGGAUUAAGUUGCCAAAUUUAUGUAGGUCAGUGGAUGGGAGGUAAAUGGAAAUGCAGGCCUGGGUAAGUGAUGGGAUUUUCCAAAGGCCCUAAGGUUGACUUCUUAUUUURGUAUCAGCACACAGUUCUGUGCAAAAAGAUAUACACAAGUCUCAGUAUCUGGCCUAAAUUACAUUAGAGUUCAGGGAUAAUUUUUGAACAUCACAUUUGGUGAUUAGAUAUAAUUAAGAAUUUGAAAUAUUCAUCUGUAAAACAUUUUUGUUUAUCACAUUUGUUUAUAAUAUGCAAUGCACAAAAGAUUCUAUGCCUGCCUAGAGAACAUUACAUCAACAUCAGCUCUCUAACUCUAAGGCACUCAAAGAGAGGAAUAUAUGUUGUUGCUGGGUGAAACAAAUUUAUGUUUUCAGGAUCAGAGCCAAAACUUCUUCUCAUUGGAGGAGAUUUAUGGGUUUCCCUCCUGAAAAAUUCUAUCUGUAAUCUCCAGAAAGAGGUAAACCAAGAAGCCAGAUGGAAUUGUAAAGAAAGUGKCUAGAAAGUCUGAAUUCUUUUUGGAAAAGACAAAGUUAAUAAUUUUGCAGUUUCCUUAAAAUACAAAAGGAAAUCUUGUAAAUUAUUUUUGUAAGAUAAUUCAUCACUCUUUCAACUGUUAGGGACUCAACUAGUAACUGAAGAGAUAGGGACUCAUCAUGCAGCAUUUUUACUUGAAUAUUAUGCUAAUGGCUAGUCUGAGAAAUUUUUGUAAAGAGAUCUCAGUAUUGACAUUCUCUAGAAAAUAGUUAUGUAAACCCUACUUGAAMAUGAGGACAGCAGAAGCAAGGAAUCAAAAUGAGUAAAUGUCAUUCAAUAAAGAUGUUUACAUUGAGAUUAUGAAACUUUUUAAUGUUGUUUUSUAAGAUACUGGCAUUAAAUGAUAUUUAACACAAUGUCUCCAGAUUUUUUUUUCUAAAUAGCCUGUAGUAGAUUGGUAGUUUGCCAGUAAAUUCUA